GGUUGCUUCCUAGGUAAGCUACCUAAAGUAAGCUACUGACUGUCCAUCCGUACCUAGUCGGUGACACCUUCUUUCCUUCGCAGUUUACAUAAUACCUACCUAAGUAUAUAAACACCGGCGAUAGGGAAUAAAGAAGAGUCACACUGGUAUUAUGCUUCGCUUUCCUCAUACAGACACCAUUGGCUAGAGCUGGAUAUAUUCUCAACUACCGUCUAUAGUGUUUGUCUCUUUUUUUUUUCCAAUUAAUUACCUGCGAUGAAGCUCCUCCGCUUGCUCGCGAGCGCCCCGGUAGCUCUUGCUUCGAUCCCGCUCGAGGCGCCCUCGUAUCGCGACGAGCUGGUCGCGCUGCACAAGUCCCUUGUGGAAAUCUCUUCCAUCACGUACACUGAGAACGACGCCGGCAGCUUUCUCGUCGAGUAUCUUACGCAGCGCGGCUUUGUGGCUGAAAUAGAAUUCCUCCCGCCGUGGAACGAUACUGGUGACGAAUUAGGUGAUGGAAAGCCGCGGUUCAAUGUCCUUGCCUGGCCGGGCCCUAAACAUCAUCCGUCUCCCGCGGUCCUCGUCACGAGCCAUAUCGAUACCGUCCCGCCGCAUAUUCCGUACUCGCGAUCCGAUGGGGAACUGAGCGGGGACACGCUCAUCGCGGGCCGGGGGAGCGUCGAUGCGAAAGCUAGCGUGGCCGCGCAAAUCAUUGCGGUUUCAGAGCUGGUGAGGGAAAAGAGGAUUAAUGCAGAGGAUGUGAUGCUGCUGUUCGUGGUCGGAGAAGAGCGCUCGGGGGAUGGAAUGCGGUAUUUCAGCGAUACACUCUCUCACCUCGAUCCCCCGCCGAAACUGAAAGCUGCGAUCUUCGGGGAACCCACGGAAGCCAAGCUGGCGUGUGGCCAUAAGGGAUUCUUCGCGUGCACGAUCACCGCGCGUGGCAAGGCGGGGCAUUCCGGGUAUCCGUGGCUCGGGAAGAGCGCGACGGAGACGCUUAUGAGGGGCGUGGUGAAGGUGCUCGACGCGGAGCUGGGGAGCAGUGCGAAGUUCGGGAAUACGACUGUCAAUGUGGGGGUUAUUGAGGGCGGGGUCGCGCUCAAUGUUAUUCCGGAGAAGGCGGUUGCGAAGAUCGCGGGACGCGUGGCGAUUGGACCUGAGGAGAGCGGUGGUGCGAUUGUGGUGGAAAGGGUUAAGAGGGUGUUGAGGGAUGUGGAUGAGAGCGCGUUUGAGAUCGAGUGUGUUAAUGGCUAUGGGGUUGUUGAGUGUGCUUGUGAUGUCCCAGGAUUCGACACCGCGACCAUGAACUACGGCACCGACGUAUACAAUCUCGCGGGAGACCACAAGCGCUACCUAUACGGGCCCGGAAGUAUCCUUGUCGCACACGGCGCGGACGAGGCUAUCAAGUUGAAGGACUUGGAGCAAGGCGUCGAGGGAUUCAAGAAGAUCAUCUUGCAUACCCUGCGUGAUGAGGCGGGAGAGCUAUGAUGAUGAUUCAGGGAAUAUGGUGGAGGCAAGCAUGAUUAAUGAGCAAGAUAAAUGAAAAGCGUUGGUUUACAGUAAGGCUAGAGGUGGUGUACGGGCAAGGGUAUACCGCGAGGGAUGCU